AUGGUCUGGUUCCACAAGUUUGACGAAAUAUCUACGGCAAAAAUCAGGAAGUCGCUACUACGGAUUCAAGAGGCUGACGCAGAACGAGGCAAUCGUGUUUUGUAUGUCGUCGUGUCUAGGAAGUUUGUCCCAAUCACGUCGUUGAUCGGGGACGAGUUCCUCAGCGCAUGGUGGCAAGUUGUGCUCUGCCAUUAUACUCUCUGGAAGCAUGGUGUCCAUCACUGUGAUGUCAGUCCUAGCAACAUUAUGGCCUGUUGGUUAAAUGGUCGAUGGAUUGGCGUCCUGAAUGACUACGACUUGUCAUCGAUUCAAUGCGACGGACUUAGCGGUCACGAACGCAUAGGGACAGUACCAUUCAUGGCAAUUGACCUGCUCAAGGAAAAUGCUAUCUCAGGCAAAACUACACACUUGUACCGGCACGAUGCUGAAUCGCUCGUCUGGAUCCUCGUCUGGGUCUGUCUUAGAUACGAAGAAGGCAAGCUGUUGAACAGUGGUAGACGGCUCGAUAACUGGCUGAAAGUGGAUGCUAAUGGAUGCAGGCAGAAAAAAGCUGCCUUGAUGUGGACAUCUCGGCAUGGGGACGCUGACCUCGAACAAUUCUCCCCGUCGCACCAAUCUAACUGGAAAGUUGCGGUAACUUGCCUUCGCACUAUCUUUUAUGCUCCCCAGUCUUAUUUUCAAGACGACCAGUCUGUAUUCCAGAUAUGGCUCCUGGCGAACGUACAAUCGUCGCUCCGAACAUAA